UUAAAAUAAUACCAGAAAACAGUGCUUCUUUUACAGUUAUGUUGCUGUGUUGAUUCUAAUCAACAUAUGUUUACAAAGAAAGAAGGGAUUAAAAUAUUUAUUUUGAGUUAACAGUGUGCAGACCCCGUUGUAUGCUAUGAAAUUGUGUACUUUUAUGUUUUUGCCUGUAUGUACGCACACUUGGGCCCUCUUCUAGGGAAUUCUUCUAAGUAUCUUCAGCUGAUUUACUUCUAGUAGCAGCUGCCCUGAUGUUGCUAAAAGGUGAAUGUCUGUAUAAAUGCAGGUCCUGAGCACAUUCAAAGCGCUGCACAGAACAAGGAUGAUUGUAUUCAAAGAAGAUGACAGAGCACUGACAGCUGCAAGAUUAAAGAUCAAUGAGGAGUUCCGGAAAAACAAAAAUGAAACAUCAGACGUAAACAUUAAGAAGAUGAUCAAAAUGGGCACAGAUGUGGAAGUUGUCCUUCGACAGGGCGUGAUACAAAUGGAACAUGUUGGAGACAAAACACUCUUGCUUAGACCCAGAGAGGACCUUCUGCUGGAAAAUGUGCCCUAUUGCGACCAGCCAAGGAAAAAGUCAUGACAGAUGAUGUGUUUACAUCUUUUUGAUAAUUAAAGGGACUUACUUUCGUCCAAUAUCAUCCAUCUGCAUUUUAAAGAACUAAACCCAGAACAACAUCACAAGUUGUUCAGGAUCUCCUUAUCAAAGAAGACUUUAAAAAUCAUCACUGCGUUGAGAAAUAUUUUUUGUUUCACUGAAAAUCUCAUCAAUUUCAUGCUUUUGUGCUUUGAAAACUGUGUGCUGUAAACGAGAUGCCACAAUUUAUUGUACAGUAUUUUGUCAAAUAUAAUUCAAAUGUUUUCAUUUAAUUUAGAAGUACUCUGCCUAUUUAUUAUGAGCUUAUGAUUCAACUGAGCUAAAAGGGAAAUGUUACUUUGUUGCUACCAAACAUGUUUCAUUGUGUAUUGAUUAAAGAGGCAUAUUGACAGAC